UGCUCUGCGAUGGAAAAUGAGAUUGAUGAGCCUAUAGUGCCUUUUAAAUCACAACGACACAAUUUAAUACGCGGGUGGAGGUAUCACAAUCUUUUGAAAAUACCAGGCUAGAAAUAUGAAAUAUAUAUACUUUUUUUAAAAGUAACUUAUUUAUUCUUAUAGCCUCUAAGUAUCCGAGGCUGAGCCAGCACAGAUGUCCGGAAUGACAGAACGGUGACAUACGGAUGCCCGUGUGGCCACGCUAAUUAUCGUUGGGCGGCUGGGAGCGAUACGGACUCGCAGGGAAACGCAACGUCCUGCGCUUCUACAGCGCGGAUAGUGGGAGUCAAGAACCGCUGCAAGGUGACGCGUCCCCUUUUCUGAUUUCCAAACCGAAACUUACCACCGCGACACGCCGCGGUGCUCAUCGCCGGCUGAACCUCUGCCGUCAAACGACACCAGCUGCUGCUUCUUUUUUAAAAUCAAACGACGAGAACGGGACCAUCUUGCGCAGCGGUACGGGCGAGCGCAGCAAGCGGUGGCGGCCACUCCGGGGAAUGUCGACCCGGGCCGUCAGCGCUGACAUCGGCCUCUUCUGAUCUCACGCGGGCGGUACAUGUGUGGUCAGUGAAGUGUCCCGGAGAGCAGCAUGGCAAUGUAUCAGCUGAGCGUCGGGUUGAGAUGAGUGUGAGCUCCACCGACCAACAACUUUUCUUCACACCCGACCUCCACCUCAAUCACCAGCCAAUCAAAUGCACCCGGACAAUAAACUGGCCAAUCAUGGCAAGCCGGUCACCAGUGAUGGCCGUUCCCAAUUACCCGGUGUAAACCAACAGGCCCAGCAGCUGCAAGGAGCUGCUGGGCACCUGGGUGCUAAGGGCGCCGCUGCCGGAAACCAUGGAGUCAAAACCAACCAGAUUUCCCCCGGCAACCCUGGACUUAAGGCUGUCAGCCAAUCGGUGAGCAGCGUCGGAGGCAUGCAGAAAACCAAAUCCAAGCGGGAGCGGAGCGUCUCCAUCGACUCCAGCGAGUCGAGAAGUGCUGUUCCUCAAGCCCUCGAGACGGACGCUAAAGGAGAGGGUGUUAUGCGCAGUAAGCGGCGCUGCGUUCUGGAAAAGAAACAACCUUACAGUGGCGAUGAAUGGUGCUCUGGACCUGACACGGAGGAGGAUGAAGACAAACCACACACUGCGAACCACCGAGAACGUGUGCUGGCCGCUCCUGUUCAAGGGCUCUCUGAUCGCCUGUCUGCAGGGCCCUUGUCUUGUGAACCUGCGGGACCAGUCAUGGGAUGCGUAGCUGGACCGGGGCUAAAAACAGAGCAGCCGCCUCAACCUUCACAGCAAGUGGUGUACGUUUUCACCACCAGCCUCGCUAACAGUGCUGCAGAGGCGGUAAUGAAAGGACAGACUGAUUCCAUUCUUCUGUUUCACCAGCAAAAUGUUUCACGCCCCAAGUUGGAGCAGGGCCACUCAUCAGGGAAGCCUGCUAACCCAUCUGAAAAGAUAAACUCCAGCAGCUCUCCACCCACAGGCACCCCUAAAUCGCAAUGUGGAACUCCCCGGCCGGCCUCUGCAGGUGUUGGGUGCCCAUUGCAACCUGCAGGCACCCCGUCAUCAGCAGGACACUCCGAUAAUGAAUCCUCUCAGAACAGACCUGGCCAUAGGUCCGAGGGAGGCAACAUGGCCAAUCCUGCAGGCCCAGGAGCUGGAGAUGGGGAAGGUGCAGGCGGUAUGUCUCUUCCAGUUGCUACGGUUUCUCCCUCGGGGAGUCCUUCCAUCCUUUCUGCACACCUACAAGCGGAUCCAGGCCAGAGGAGUGGCCCCGGGAACAUGGACGGUCUUUCCAAAGAGCAGUUGGAACAUCGGGAGCGCUCUUUGCAGACGCUGAGAGACAUAGAGAGGCUGCUCCUGCGCAGUGGGGCAGGUGGAGGCCCUGUAGACACAGGACCCUCCACCAACAAUGCUAGUAAUAACUCGUCCAACCUUAAUAAUAACAACAACACUGAUAGGAGUGCUAUUCAGGAGGACCAUGACAAUGGUUCUGGAAAUUGCAGUGGUGGUAGUAUGCUGUCGACAGCCCUGGCUUCUAUGGGAGGGAUGAAGAAAUAUGAAGAACCGCUGCAGUCCAUCAUUGCACAAACACAGUCCCUUGCUAGACCUGCUCACGAUGGACCCCACAUGGACUCUCACCAUAACCUACCACAACAUCCACAUCAGCAGCUGUCGUCACCUGGGCUCGACAUGGGUCACAUGCUUGGACCAGAGGGGCUGACCCCAGAGCAAGUGGCGUGGAGGAAGCUUCAAGACGAAUACUACCAAGAGAAGAGACGACAACAGGAAAUACAACCCCCUUCACAUCAGCAGCACUUAAGAAUGAUGACGGAGAUCGGCAUGCAAGGAGGUCCGAUGAUGAUGAGAGGACCCCCUCCUCCCUACCACAGCAAGCCUGGAGACCAGCAGUGGGGUCCUGGCAAUAUGUUGGGAGGAGGAAUGGGUGGAAAUACACGAAUGAUAGAAAUGCACCAAGAGGGACCCCGUGGCCCAAGGUUCCUAGGGCAGAUGCAGAGAGGGCCACCUGGGGGAGGUGGUUUUCCUGGUGGUAAAGGGGGUGUUUUAUCAGUGGAGGGUCUAGGACCCCAAAGGCCCACCAGGCCAGGGAUGAUUUGGCUUGAUGAUAUGCCAAACAACAUAGGUAGUGGAGUUCCAUUUCAUGGCUGUUACCCUGGUAGACCUCCUCAGCAUUUGCAAGGUGACCCAGAACAUCUGCUAACGCAUGAGGAAAUGUUCCUCAUGGAGAAACGGCAGAUGCAGGGGCUCACCAGGUAUGAACUUGACAGAUUAGCUAAACAGCAGCAACAGGGCAACCUGGGCUCGAGAAUAAUGGAUAAUUCCGGGGGCUCCGAAUUUCACAAUUUGGGAAUGGUCCGGGGUCCUCCCUCCGCUCGAGGUGAUCCCAUGGACUUUCCCGGUUCACGGGAGAUUAUAGGCUCUCCUGGAGGGGGUCCUCAGAUGAGAGACCUUGUGGAUUCUCCUUUAGGGAGCAGCCUCGCAAUGAACAUGAACCCACAAAUGAAUAUUCAGCAGCAGCAACAGCAGCAGCAGCAGCAGCAGCAGCAACAACAACAGCAGAUGAUGCUAACUCAGAAGCUCAGAGGAGGUCCUGCUGGAGGGGGAACUUUAGGUGAGAUGUUUGGCCCGGGAGAGAUUUCAAGAAUCAGAGUUUCGCACAGUGGAGGAGGAGUAAAUAAGGGAAUGAUUCCAGGACCUGAUGGCCCCUUCCAGUUUCCCAAUCAUGGUCCCUUCUCUGGAGGACAGGGGGAUGGGCCCUUCCUUCAGCAGCAUGGCCAUGAGAUGUUUGGGCCUGAUCAGCAAGGUCAUAAUCAAAUGGGAGGUACGUCCCGGCUUAGUCAUAUGCCGAUGACUGGAGUCCUCAGGGGAGUAGACCUCGGGCCCAGGCACCCCUCUGACCUUUCAAUCAAUGUUAACCCCAGGAGUUCUCCUUUAGUGCCUCGUCCUCAUCAGCUCAAAUCUCCAUCACUCAACCGAGAGCCAUCUCCACUUCUGCCUUCUCCCUCUGCUCCAGGCCUGAAGUCCCCCUCACAGAUAGCCUCUGCAGGGCAUCACACCACUCUUCCCGCUGCAUCUGGUGCUGGGACUGCUUCCUCUUCUUCCAUGAAGUCUCCUCAGAUAAUGGGGUCUUCCAACCUAGGGUUGCACUCCCCGUCUGCCUCACCUGGACAACUCAAGUCCCCUGCCUUGGCUGUGGGUUCUCCAGGUUGGGCGUCUCCAAAAGCAGCUCUUCCAAGUCCAGGUGGUCCUACCAGUGGGAAGGUAGUGGGCAAUGGAGGAAGUAGUUCCACUGAGACAGGCCAAUCACUUCCCCCAAGGAGUUCCAACUCAACACCGAUUAGCCAGCCAGGCUCUAUGAAUCCUGGUAUGACGUUCACUUCCUCUCCCGAGAACCAUCCAGCUCCGAAUCCUUUAUCUCUCAUCAUGUCCCAGAUGUCCAAGUAUGCCAUGCCCAGUUCUACUCCCCUCUACCACGAUGCAAUCAAAACAAUUGCUACUUCCGAUGAUGAGAUGCUGCCGGAUCGACCUCUUCUUUCUGGUGUCAGCAUUGGAGGAAACAUGGGGAACCCUCAGACCUCCCAGAUACUCGUCUCCCAGGGCUCCAUUGGUCCCCACAGUGAUCCGCAAAGCCCCAUGGGCAUUGUAAGCCAAGUUCCGCAACACCUGCCACAUGACUCAUCAGGACGUGUGCUUUCUUCGCCGAACCAAAUAGGCAUGCCCGCCAUGAAUUCGGCCAUGAUAGGAGGAGGUCCACCUGACGGAAUGGGGCGCUGCAACGUUUCGCCUAUAUCCCAGAACCAGAUGCCGGGCUUUCCUCGCAUCCAGCACCCACCUCUCGGGCCAAUGCACUCACCUAUGGGAGGAAUGUCAAAUCAUUUCUCCCAGUCUAAUGAGGAUAUUCUACCACCACAGCAGUUACACCUUAGCCUGCUUAGAAAAGGUCAUUCUCACCAGCGCCACUCUCAUCCCUCUGACUCAUUUUCCUCUUUGCCCAUGGGGGACGGCCCGGAUCUAAGUGAAGUUAUACGACCCAGUCACUCGGGGAUCCCCGAGUUUGACCUCUCCCGUAUCAUUCCUUCUGAUAAGCCCAGUAGCACUCUCCAGUAUUUCCCCAAGAGUGAGCCACAUCAGAAUCCCCAUCAGGGGCCCCUAACCCAGCAACCCACUCCGCAGCAGCUCCUCAAACAGCUGUCUUCUUCUGUCCCUCCACACACCAGCGGCCCCUCAUCCAACCCCCACUUGGCAAAUCUACAGAAUAUGAUGGCUGAACAGCAGCUGGCGCCUCACCCCUCACACGUUGGAAUACGCCAAAACAUGGGCAUUCCUCAGGGGGGCUCCAGGGGCAUGGGUCCCGGAUCAGGCAUGGGUCCCAUGUGCCACCCUGGACAUAUGAUGGGAAGGACAGGAAUGGCGCCCCAGCAGCAGCAGCAGCAGCAGCUACAGCAACAGCAAGCCAUGAUGACGAGCAGCCUUCUCCACCAUCCUUCCAAUCCGUACCCUGGCAUGAUGUCCUCCCAGCAGCACUCACACAAUCUGAUGGCACAGCAAAACAUUAUGAUGAUGCAGGCUAAGCAGCGAAGCAUGUCAAUUCCAGGGGAUCCCUUUGUCUCCCAGGGCGCUCUCAUGUCCCCCCAGGGUCCGAUGAUGGCCCCGUCCCACCCACAAACUGGUAUGAUGGGCCCCCAAUCGCUCAGACAACGGGGAAUGUCUCUGGACAGUCCCAUUGGUUAUGGGCCCGGUGGUAUGGCCCAUAUGCCAUUCUGAUCCAGUUGAUACAAACCUUGGAAAAAAAGAAAAAAAGUGUCCGCUUCGACCUUACCAUUGUGUCCAGUUUUUUUCAUUGUUAUUAUCGCAGUUAUUUGAAAAGACCAUCAAUUUAUGGAGUACAACUGAUUAGAAAUGGAAUAAUGAAAAGCACUGUAAUACAGUUCAUUUGAAGCCAUGUUCUAAAAUACUGUAAAAUAUGUAAAUUACAAAGAUGUGUCUAGUUGUUGUUGUUGGAACAGAGUGGCAGUCAGCAGAGGAGUGCCUCCAAUUUCUAUUUUGUUUUAAUAUCAUUGAUUUUUUUUUUUCUUCAACUACCAAACUGUUGUUCAAAGGAAUUCUAUAUAUAUAUAUAUAUAUAUAUAUAU